CUAUUUUAUUUUUUUGUUCUCGACUUCCUCUCUGCUCCACUCCGGCUUUACUCACUUCUUACAUUACGAAUCUCAACAUCACGAAUCUCAUUUCUCCCAAUUCCUUCUCAUCGCCGCUACACCAGACUUACAAAGCCAGACAAAGAGUAGAAAAGUCUAUUAUAACGCCUUUCUGCCUACAUUUCCAAUAUCACUUUUUACUCCCCCAAGUCCAAAAUAAACUAAAAAAAUCAGGAAUAGAAUAUGUCGACUUCAACGCUCCAGUUGUUGCCGACUACAGCAACAGAGAUUGCUCAGCUAGAUCCUGCUGCUCUUGCCUCCAUCCCCGGUGUUGCCUAUGAUCUCAAACGCCUCAAAGUAUACUCAUCCUGUCUGCGCUGCAGAGCCAAAAAAGUAAAGUGCGAUCGCAAGGAGCCCUGCUCCCGAUGCGAGAAGCACAAUGUCGAAUGUUCUUACCGUGAGCUUGCCAGCGUUCAGCUCGAUAUCCGUCAAUUUCAAAGACACCUCAACAAUCCAAAGAUCCGUAAAGAUGGAGCCGGCAUCAUCACCUCCACAGCAACACCCAUCAUCACACUACCCUCAGGCGACACUGCCGUCCUAUCCCCAUCCACUACUGCCGCCGCCACACUGAUUGCUGCAGUAAAAGCGACUGCUCAAUCUUCUACCAAUUUCACAGGUAGUGAUAACAGCACCAAGAGAACUCACACUGACAGAAAAUUGGCAAAGAGCCCAGCCACAUCCACUUCUGCUUCUACGCCAACUUCUCCCAUCGAAGUCACUGGCUUUGAUAGCAAUAGCAGCACCGAUACGGAAUCAGAUACGCCAACGCGUGCUCGUCCCGGCAAGAGCGCUGCCAUGGCACGUGCUAAGGUUACCAAGCUCCCUCGCCGCAAACUCGCCUCGUCAGCCUCUUCCAUGGCCGCCAAGAAAAUCUUACUUGAACCCCACGCUCAACCUCAGAAUGAAGAAGAGAAUGACGAUGAUGAUGAAGAAGAAGAGGAGGAGAUUGAGCGCCUGGUUCUGAGAGAUGACAAUGACCCAGGUCCCUACUACUCCUACACACAGACACAGACUGAUGUCCAUAUGUCGUCAGAAAGUGAGACGGAGGAUGCCAACGCUGAUGUCCCCAUCUGGCGCGCUCGAGCAGUAGGUAAACACAAGCAGACAGUGCAUGAACAAGCUAUGGCUGAGACCUUUGGUCUAGCCGCUUAUCUCAAGGCUAAAGAGAUGGAGUCUGGCUUGGCUGGUCAAACCAUCGACUAUGAACUGGAGUUGGAACGUGCCUUGGCCAAGCGCUUGCCCACUUCUUUUUCACGCCCAGACCGCUCAUUGUCUCGCGCACGCAAGUAUGCUCAAGCAGGUUACAAUCCUUCGCUUCCCUAUUCUCGUCCAUCUUACUGUCAGCUUUCGGCUUCAAGUGCCACAGCACAUCUUCCUCCCGCAGCUCACUGUUGCUGCCAGAUUGCUGCAAAGCAAGGUCUAGCGCCUGGUACCUGCUACUUUGGGAACGUCCGCCGUGAAAGCACUGUCUAUGAAGAAUCAUCUAUGUCGCCUCCUCCUCAAAGUAUCAACUACGAGAAAGGAGAGACAACUCGUAUCGCCUAUUCACCAUCGUACCAGCCCUCGUACACUCCCAAGGACGAGCCUGCCGCUAUAACAGCUACCACUAGUACCACUGUUAAGAAAGAAUGGUUCGCAGCUCCUUCCGUGCGCAAGCUCGACAUCAGUGCCGCUUGUUCUGCAUCGUCAUCCCCACUGUCUUCUCCAAGGGUCGAACUUGCGCCUAUCUACCUACCAAAACUGCCUGCACAUCACCCUAAUACGCCUUCCUCAUCUGAUCUUUCAAGGUUCCAGAUUGGACGCGAGGGAGAUAAAGAUAAGCCGCCGAUGGAGAUCGCGUGCAAGUACAACGAGCCCAAUGUCGACGCCUGGGAUAUGAUUGAGCAGCCUCUUUCAAGGCCCCCCUCAAUACCAACGACAAAACGUCGCUCUGUAAAGAUGGAGGUGGACUGGAUCCUCUCUUAAAGAAUUAAAAACCAUCUCCCAAUAGUACAUAGCUCAUUCAUAUAGUCAAUAAGUCCGUAAUUUCUUAGUAUUCGUUAUAUUGCAUAGUCAUACCUCAUAGCAUUUCUGCAAAUACAAAGUCUAGAAAAAAAAAAAAAA